GCUGGGCAGUCUGCUGGAAAACCCCGACCACGAUUUGAGAGCAAAAUAUGGGUGAAAAUGAAGAAUUUACCGAUUCUUUACAAGACAGCAAGGCUGCAUACGUCCUCAGCAAUGUGGCCGAGGUGGUUGAGCGAAUUCUGACGUUCGUGCCGACCAAAUCUCUUCUCCGGAUCGCAAGUGUGUGCAGACUGUGGAGGAACUGUGCCCGCAGAGUGCUGAGGACUCAGCAGCAGCUGACCUGGGUGUCAGCCUGUGGGCCGUCAAACACAGAGGCCCACGUCCUCUGCAGCAUCUUGGCUGAGGAGGUUGAGAAAGUGUUUCUCGUGCCCAAAACAGUUUUGACAUUGGUAGACUAUGAGGGCUUCACUGGACGAGCCUAUUGCUACAGACAGAAUAAAGCCAAAAAGAAUCGCCACAGUCCGGACACGGUGGAAGAACUGAACCUGCUCUUCCCCAAAGGCUGUGACAUCAUGGGCAUCACCACACCAGGAGUAGUCCUGACUCCUAGUGGCUCCUGCUCCAGCCUACCUCAGGAGUACCAGGAGGGGGAGGCUGGCUUUGCAAUCAUGUUCCCCAGCAUAGAAGGUGUCAACAUCAAGCCUUUUCAUUUUUGCAAGAAGUCCUUUUCCCCAACAGGUCUGAAAGAAGCAGGACUAGUUGACAACCCAGAGCUGCGUGUGGUGCUGAUAUUUGUCUAUGAGGCAUAUAAAGCUGGAGGAGCACACUUCCUCAGCCAGAUUCUGGAGCCUCUGGCCAAGAGCAAAGCUCUCAUUGCUGGAGGGCUGGUAGAAAGUGUCUUCUCUCCUGCAAGACACUGCUGUAGCCAGGGGGCAUAUGGUGUGGUGGGACUGGCCUUGAGUGGCCCGAAGGUGCAGGGGGCAUCUGUGCUCUUGGACCAAGACAUCAGCAACCCAAAGGAGGCUGAAGCUACGAUCCGGCGGCUAAAAGCGGCCAAAAUUCCAGAGAGGAACACCCUGGGGUUCAUGUUCGCCUGUGUGGGGAGAGGUCAGAACUACUACCACAACCAGGCCAAUGUGGAGGCCGACGCCUUUCACAAGGUGUUCCCAAACACCCCGCUCUUCGGCCUGUUUGGCAACGGCGAGAUUGGCUGCGACCGAAUCGUUAAAGACGACUACACGCUGUGCGACACUGACACGGACAGUCUGCAGCAUGAGUACACUACAGUCAUGACCCUGGUCCAUUUGGGCUGACUGACUGACCCACAGUGACAAUGAACAAGCAGUAGUAAAAGAAAAACAGCAAGUCGGGAACAAGAAACAUUUUGUACAGUUUCACAUUACACUCGCAUUAAGACUAAGAAUAUUGCUGUCACCAUUUCUGCUCAUAAAGCAGGAAAAUGAUCCCUUUAGCCAAUGUUAUGGCAUCAUUUGGGAAACUGGUCCCUCUGAACCUGUGUGUGUAAACACAGCUUCAUAUUAAAACUAGGGAGUUUCACAAAGUUUUAAUAUUAUUAGUAUUCAAAUGUGAUAGAGCACUUGUAAAAUAUAUCUGUAUAUAUUUUUCCCAAAUUUCGCCCAUAUUCAAGGCAUAUCUUACCCGCUGACAUUAACCUCAUGGUCUGUUUGUUUUGCAGGUAAGUUAAGAUAUACACUUGUGUGUCCCACAAGCUAUUGAUGUAGUUGGUGAUUCAGCGCAGGCACUUUUUAUUCUUGUAAGUAAGAGGAGUGUGGUUCCCCUUCCACACCACACAAUCAAGGCAAUCUUGAUUUAAAUGCUUUUCUUCUUACGUAGGUUUUACACUUGUGUGUUUGGUUUUUUUUACAAAUAAAUAAGUGUUAGCCCACAAAAUGAAUAAUCUUUUGCAAGAUAUCUCGAUAUCAUUUUUCAAUUGGGCACAGGGGCAUCAGUCAUAUUCUUACAGUGCCUCUUUUUUUGUCCACGUCAGGUCAUAUCUCCUACUACCUACUUUCAACUGUUAAUUGUUGGGCUUAAUGGUUAUUGCAUCUGCAGCUUAAAAGAAAAAAAUCACCCUAAAACAGAAGAGAGAGUAGGGCAGAACGGCUGCACUGUUGGCUGUGUAAGUGUCACCGACCAGCAGAAACUCUCAAUGUCACAUCAGUUAAGUCUCAGCUAUUCCACAAUUUCAAAAUUUAGGAAAUAGUUGUCAAUUUAUACUUUCUAAGGUUAGAUUAAAUUAACAAAUAUUAACGGCUAUUUAUGAAAUCCUGUUGGUACACCCUAAGACUCGAAAAGUGGUCCAAAUUUUACACAUGCCUUUAUACUAUUAAAUAUUGUUCAAAAUCCAUUCUUGUUUAUAAAUGUGUUAUUUUCUAGAUGGCUCUGCAAUUGAUUGAUGCCAUACUUUUCCCUCACUAAGAAAAAUAUUCUGAUGACAUGAAGGUGCAAUUUCCAGUAUAUAUAUAUAUAUAUAUAUAUAUAUAUAUAUAUAUACUUUGUUGGUCAGGAAGUUAUGGCUAUAUGUUGAAGUCCAGCUUUCCGAUAAAAGCUGCAACAAUUGUUGCAAGAACGGAUGUUUUUGAGAAAAUUCCAAUGUUACUUUUUGAAAGAAUUAUUAGAAGUCCUCUUUUGUAUCAUAAUUCCCACAUAUUUCCUCAUAGGUUUUGAAGAGGAAAGUAUUAUGUAUUUGAAUUGUUGUUUUUUUUUGCUCAUAGGAGAAAAUUGUUUUGCUGAUAAUGCACUUUUCUACAUGUGCCAAAUAAGAGGCUAUCUGUU